AUGUAUGUGUUAAAUAAAUUGGCCAUCUGGGUAAUGACGGGUCUGCUGGCCAUCACCACUGUCUUCUUUAAUGCCUAUAUCUCUUUGAUGAGUUUGUGGAACUACAAGGAGAAGAAGCAGUGGACUCCCUGUGAAACUAUCAUCAUGGCUCUGUCGGUGGCUGAUGUGGCUCACCAGCUGUUUUCUUACUUUUGGAUGACCAUGGAUGAGGUGGACAGUAACUGCCAGAUUGCCCAGAUGGGCUACAAUGUCCUGCUGGUGCUUAUCUUCAGCUCCAAGUUUACCAUCAUGUGGGACAGCAGCUUUCUCACUUUCUACUACAGCACCAAGCUGGUCCACACACCCAAUCAUUGCUACACACACAUCCAAGAUGUCAUCCUCAAGCAUGUGACAUUAGCUGUGUUUCUCAUCCCUCUGUGUAGCCUGGGCUUCUGUACACCAAUGCUCGUGGUGUUUAACACUGACAACAGCACUCUCAGAGCGAACCAACAAUGUGGACAUACAUUCCCUACCAGCAACUCUGUUAAGAUUUAUCAAGCCUUGUACUUGCUCCUCACUGAUAUACUGCCGGGGGUGAUCAUGGUGAAAUGCUGCAUCUCCAUAUCCGUCCACCUGGCCAUCCAUCUCCAGCACAUGAAAGCUAGCAGCAAUGGAGCCCACGCUCCAAAGCUGGGCACUCAGAUAAGGGUUAUCCGGAUGUCUCUUUCUCUAGCAGCCAACUUCCUCGUCUACCUCACGGUCGACCUGUAUGCCAGCUACGAGAUUGUGGUGAACAAGGUGAACGCUCUCACUCUCACGUUCUGUAUCACGUCAUUCUACACAACUGUGACUGCCAUCGUGCUCAUCUAUGGCAAAAAGACUCUUUGGAAGACGCUGAUUCACGAUUUUAACGUGUGUCUGGAAGAAUAUCCGUGUUUGUCUUGUCUGAAGUUGCCUGAACAAAAGAGUCAACCCAGCCUUCAUUCAAAAGUUAAAAACUGA